UUGUUGUUGUUUCAAUCAUGUCACGCAGCAGUUGAUCUGAAAUGUGGCCCCGUUACCGUUCCCAGUGCCGGAAAGGGAGUAAAUCCCAUUUGCUCUGAGGUCGAUUGAAAUGAGCAAAAGUUGAAAUAGCGUCAGUCACAUUUUGCCGUCCUGCGGGAAAUUUCAUUCAUCACUCGAGUCGCCGUGUGUUGGGAGCAGCGAGCCUCUUGCGAAUUGAUGGCACAUGACCUGGUGGGAAACAGGCGGUGCAUUCAACGGACGCCGCUGAAGGCAUCGCGCCGUCCAGAAACACACCAAGCCGGAGUCAAACUCGAUCUGCGAGAUAGCCAGCCGCACCAGAAGUGAAGGGCAGUUGUUGAGCGGAGUGGGGCGCAAUUCCACAACACUUGGUGCUGAGAAUUGCAGCACGGCGCUAGUGAGCAGGACUAUUAUCGAUGCAAAUCCACAGUGCAUCUUUUAAUGGGCCCGGGGAGUGGGGCGGUGUGGGAAUUCUCGGACUUUAAUCACUGCCCUGAACUGCGGUGUUUCUCGCGUUUGAACAGCGGAGGCUCGAUUCACCCGUGCAAUGCUUGAAAGGACUCUUGUUAUUUGCAAGGCUUGCUACAUCAAGGCUGUGUGUGUUGGUCACCUGUCAGGAAUACUGAAGUACCUCCUGCUGGCACACGCUGGAAAUGCUCAGUCGCAAAGCCUCUCGCUUCUUUCAGAUCUAGGAGGUGGGAAGCGAAGGCACAGGUGCUAAAUCGGACGUGAAUGCCACCGUUUCCUCUGGCAAACUUUCUCUCCCACCCCUGGCUUCUCCAUAGAGAUGUUUGCAUCCAACGGAAACAAAAAAAAAGUACAUUAAUGUGUGCGCGGUGCACUGGCGUCUGUCAUCUUUAGGGCGAGCGUGUCCUUAGCUCACGAUCUCUCUCUCUCUCUCACGGAGAAAUAAUUCUAAGGAUUGGUAGACAGGAACCGGCUGAAGGGCACCGACGGAACAGACAUUCUGGCAGGCUACCGAGGUCUCCACCUUAUAUUCCCAACGUUUUCUUUCUCCACCCGCGAAAAUUCCGUUUUGGUGUAGCGCCUCUGUGGAAGAUCAAGGAAUCCGGGUGUUGUGGGCUCCCACUUUCAGGGAAGAUGAUGGCAUAAUUCACAAGAGUGCAAUCGAUGCUGCUGUCACUUUUCUGAAGCUAACAGAGAAAUGAUCAAAUAAGAGGUUGCUAAAGCAAUCAGCGUCAAUGCAAAAAUGGAGCAGUCGGGGAUGCAGAAAUUCUGAGCUCAAAUUUUCAGUGAGCAACAAUAAGCCAUGAAUAAUCCUCUUGAAAUAAUAUUCAAAGAAAUUACAAUGUUCUGAAUAAUGCAAUUGAGAGGAUGCUAAAUGGCAAUGCUGAACAGAAAUGCAAUUAGGGUUUUUGUGACCAUGUGCACCUAGAACAGGAACAGCCUGACUCCACUCAAUUUAUGUAAGUUGAAGAUUGAAGGAAGAUGACUCCUUUGCCAUGGCUCUUCACAUGGUUGACUAUGGGAUUCAAAAUAGUUACCUUGACAACAGCCCAGGAUCCUGAAGAUGAUUUCUUUGACGCUCAUGAUUGGCAGUUUGACGAUUGCAAGUUGGCAAGAUCAGGUCCUCCAGCAACAAUUGUAGCAAUUGAUGAAGAAAGUCGAAAUGGAACACUUCUGGUGGACAACUUACAAAUUACAGGCCAUGCAGGCGGCUCAAAUCCUACUAUUGCUUUAUCGUUGAAAGGCAACAAUGACUAUUGGGUCCUUCUGGAUGCCAUCAAUCAGAGACUGUAUUUGAACAGUACUGGCCGAGUUCUUGACCGAGAUCCUCCAUCAAAUAUCCAGUCUAUUGUUGUUGUACUCGAUUGCCUAAACCUGCGGGUUGGAAGUGUCAUCAAACAUGAAGUGCGAAUUAUAGUAAGGGAUCGGAAUGACAACUCUCCGUCUUUUCAGCAGUCAAGAUACCAUGUGGAAAUCAAUGAGUUAACGCCAGUUGGGACGACGAUCUUUACUGGCUUCUCAGGAAGAAAUGGAGCAACUGACAUAGAUGACGGUCCUAAUGGGCAGAUUGAAUAUGUUAUUCAAUAUAAUCCAAAUGAUCCUGAAUCCAGUCAGACAUUUGACAUCCCGCUCACCUUGUCAGGAGCUGUAGUUUUAAGGAGAAGGUUAAAUUAUGAAGAAAAAACACGUUACUAUGUCAUUGUUCAAGCCAACGAUAGAGCUCCAAAUCCAAAUAAUAGAAGGACCAGCACAACAACAUUGACAGUUGAUGUACUUGAUGGAGAUGAUCUUGGCCCAAAAUUCCUUCCAUGUGAACUGGUCAAUAAUACGAGGGAUUGUCGUCCUCUUACAUACAAGGCCAGUUUGCCUGAGCUUACGGAGCCGGCAAGGAUAAACCCAGUGAAUGUUACACCUCGAAUUCUAGCUGUUGACCAAGAUAUAAACAUUAAACCAACUGAUGAUCAACCAGGAAUUGUCUACAGUAUUCUUGUUGGUACUCCAGAGGAUUAUGCUAAGUACUUUUCCCUGAAUAAUAUCACUGCAGAGCUCUAUCUCCUAAGGCCAAUAAACAGGGAUUUUCAUCAGAAAUUUGAUUUGGUUAUUAAGGCAGAACAAGACAAUAGACACCCAUUGCCAGCUUUUGCCAAUUUGCACAUAGAGGUUCUAGAUGAAAAUAACCAAGCCCCUUACUUUGAACAAACUACCUACCAGGGCUUUAUCAUUGAAUCUGCACCAGUGGGAACAACCAUUUCAGAUAGUCGGAAUUUAACAACACCAUUAAGAAUUGUAGCCAUGGAUAAUGAUGUGGAGGAGGUACCAUCAGGUUCUACUCCUACAAAAGACCCAAAGCUGCGAAUUUUGCUGAGCGACUUUGUCACAGCGUUUACUGUCACCCCUUUUGGUAUAACUCGCUAUCUGACUUUACGUGAGCCUGUUGACCGGGAACGUCAGCAAAAUUACACUUUUACGAUGACUGCUUCUGAUGGUGUUCAAGAAAGUACUUCAGUCACUGUCAAUGUCUUUGUGAUCGAUGCAAAUGACAACACUCCAAUUUUUCAAAACAUUUCUUACAAAGUGAAUGUUUACACUGACAUGAAGCCUGGAGAAUCUGUCAUACAGCUUACUGCAUCUGAUGCUGAUGAAGAGAAGAACGGACAAAUUAUUUAUGAAAUUGUGACUGGCGAUGAUGGUGACUUUGUAAUAAGUAACAGGAGUGGAUUGAUUACCAUUGCUCCUGGAGUUAGUUUAAAUGUUGGUCGGAUUUAUGCCCUUACUGUCAAAGCAACAGAUAAUGCCAGGCUGGCUGAAAGGAGAAGCUCAAUUACUACAGUCUAUAUUGAGGUUCUUCCUCCAAACAACCAGAGUCCUCCAAGGUUUCCACAAAUGCUGUACAACAUUGAAGUGAGUGAAGCUAUGAGAACAGGAGCAACGUUGCUGAAUUUGAGGGCAACAGAUCGUGAGAAGGAUCCAAUCACCUAUCACAUUCAAAAUGGAGAUCCACAGCACGUUUUCAAAAUUACUCAAAACAGUGGACUACUAGUCUUAGAAAAAUCUUUAGACAGAGAAAGUACGGAUCGAUACAUUCUUAUUGUCACAGCAUCUGAUGGCAAGCCUGAUUCGACUUCAACUACAACUGUCAAUAUUGUGGUUACUGAUGUGAAUGACAAUGAUCCAAACUUUGACACCAUCCUUCUUAAGAACUUUACUGUACUGGAAGAGGAAGCAAAUAUAUAUGUGGGCCAAGUCAGGGCUACUGAUCCAGAUGCUGGUGUCAAUGGACAAAUUCGAUACAGCUUGGCAAACUUCAAUAACCUUUUCAGAAUCACAUCAAAUGGUAGCAUUUACACAAUGACUUCCUUGGACCGAGAAACAGAAGACAAGUACAAUCUACUUGUAGAGGCUUCAGACGGAGCAGUGGAUCCUCGUCACUCAACCGUGACUGUACCAAUCAGGGUUCUUGAUGUUGAUGACAACAGUCCUGUUUUCUCGCAAUCAACCUAUGUAGUUUCUGUACCAGAAAACAAUGAAGCUGGAAUGAUUAUUCUGCAAUUACAGGCAACAGAUGCUGAUCUUGGUCCAAAUACAACUUACCGUAUAAGAACAGAUGAAGCCAGGAAAUUGUUUUCUGUCAACCAGUGGACAGGAGAAUUGUCAAUUUUAGAGACUGUGGAUUAUGAAUCUCUGUCUACUGCAGAUGCAAGCUAUACAUUUGUUGUCGAGGCACUGGACAGUGGGGGAAGCAUGCCUCCAGGUUUAGCGACUGUGAUUGUCCAAGUAAAGGAUAUGAAUGACUACUCACCUGAAUUUAGCGAGCCUUCCUACAAAGGGCUGGUGGCACCAGAUGCCCUCAAAGGCAGCUUCAUCACUGUUGUAUCAGCAGAAGACAAGGACCCCCCUGGGAGUCCAGCAAGCAGAGUCAGAUAUAAAGUGGAUAUGACAGAAUUUCCCUACAGUGCAAGCAUAUUUGAAGUGGAGGAAGAGACAGGACGGGUACUUACCCGAGUGAAUCUCAAUGAGGAACCAAGUACAAUUUUCAAGCUGGCAAUUAUUGCAUAUGAUGAUGGAGAGCCAAUGAAGUUUAAUACAACGAUAGUGGAAAUUACUGUUCUGCAGCCAUCAGUCAUUCCACGUUUUACACAGGAAGAUUACAGGCCUCUACCUGUAAGUGAAAGUGCUCCAAUAGGAACUGUAGUUGUCACUGUAACUGCAGCUGCUAUCAAUCAAACAAUAGUGUAUUCAAUUAUAGCAGGAAAUGAUGCUGGUGUAUUUAGGAUCAACAAUCGGACAGGAGUCAUCACAACAAAUAAAACUUUGGAUUAUGAAUCUGUAAAAGAUUAUGAACUUAGGAUCCAGGCAGAUUCAUUGUUGUUCUUCAGAUCAAACCUGAGGGUUCCUUCAAGAACAAACACAGCUAAGGUUUUUAUCGAGAUACAAGAUGAAAAUGACCAUGCUCCUGUUUUCACCAAGUCUCUCUACCUCGGUGGGGUAACUGAAGAUGCCAAGACGUUCACCACUGUGCUGCAAGUUGAGGUUGAAGAUCAGGAUAGUGGAAACUACAGCAUUUCUCGGUUCCGAUUAAUCAUACCACCCACAAAGGAUGGAAAGGAUGGAUUUGUAAUAGAAGAGUAUACUGGUGCAAUCAAGACAGCAAUUACAUUCAGAAACAUGAGAAGGUCUUAUUAUAAGUUUGAAGUUAUUGCAACAGACAACUAUGGAACAGAAUUGAGCAGUAGUGCACAAGUUGUUGUGUCUGUCGUCAAUGAACUGGAUAUGCAAGUGAUUGUUUCCAAUGUCCCACCCACCCUGGUGGAACAGAACAAGGAUCAGUUGAUUGGAAUUCUUGAACGUUAUGUACAGGAUCAGAUUCCUGGAGCAAAGGUAGUAGUGGAAUCCAUCGGUCCUCGCAGACAUGGAGAUGGCUUUCAGGAAGAAGACUAUUCCAAGUCAGAUUUGAUGGUUUAUGCCAUUGACCCUUUGACAAACAGAGCAAUUUCAAGGAAUGAGCUCUUCAAAUUUCUAGAUGGCAAACUUCUAGAUAUAAAUAAAGACUUUCAGCCUUACUUGGGACAAGGAGGUCGUAUUCUGGAAAUUCGCACGCCGAGUGUGGUGGCAAAUGUACAGAAACAGGCACAAGCUGUGGGCUAUACAGAAGGUGCUCUGCUGGCUCUGGCUAUCAUUAUCAUCCUCUGCUGUUUACCUGCAAUUCUGAUUGUUAUGGUAACCUACAGACAAUUCAAAGAGCGACAGGCAGAGUGUGCAAAGACAGCGAGAAUCCAGAUGGCUUUGCCAGCAGGGAAAUCAACUAGUGGCCCUGCUACGAACCUCUAUGAAGAACUGGGUGACAACACCAUGAGGGGAUAUGGACAACAGGAGCAACAGCAAUUACUGAGGCCCUCGCUGCUUAGACCUGAGGAACUCUCCAUGGAGUCAGGAAUUGAUCCUGGCCAGGACUACUAUGCACAGGAUUACUACAAUUACGAACCUGGGUAUGAGGUCCCACAGUACGGCAGUCGUCGAAGAUUAAUCUCACCCUCUGGAAUGUAUGAUGACUAUGGAGAGGUGGUCAUGGAAGAUGAUGGUGGCUAUUAUUAUAGCCCACAGGGAUCAAAUGCAGAUGCAGAGUGGUCUCGUCAUAAACGAGUGAAGUUGAUUGUAGAUCGUGAGUAUGAAACCAGCUCAACUGGUGAGGACAGUGCUCCAGAAGCACAAAGGCUUCGUAUCAAACACCCAAACAACCAUAGCAACAUUAACAGUAAUAUCUACAUUGCUCAAAAUGGAUCAAUCGUAAGAACAAGACGUAGUUGCCCACCGAGCAAUGGGAAAGCAACUUCCCCUGCAAGAGUAGGAAAACAUUUUAAGAAACUAGACAAACUGGCAGCAACACAGGAGGAAAAGAUCCCAUUGAACAAUCCAUUGGCCAAUGCGACAGCUUCUUGCAGCAAUGAUAAUCUCAAUGCAAGACCAUCAAGUAGCUCCAUGGCUUCCACCAGCAUUGGGCCUACCAGUUGCCUGUCCAGACUGAGCACGGUAAAGGCAAAAAAUGAGAGAGGGAAAAGCACAGAUGAUCAAGAAACAGCUGUCGACAAUGAAGGUCCUAAGGAGUCGCUUGAGUCCCACAGUGAUCAAACACAGUCAGAUGAGGAAGAACUGUGGAUGGGACCUUGGAAUAACCUUCACAUACCUAUGACAAAACUGUGAUUUAGAAUUUUUAUUGAUACUAAUGGUAAAAUUCACUUUUUAUGGGUACUGUGGAAAAGUAACAAUGAUUUUCAAUUUAUUCACCUCAAGCAUAUAUUUUGAUUAAUGUGAUUUGCAUUCAAUGCGCUCAACAAGCAUCCACAUUCCAAUUUUUGCAGAAAUGGUCAAAACCUUUAAAUGCUAGGAGGACUCUAAAUACGAGAGUAAUUUCACACUCUGACUGUGGUUGGUCUUUAGAUAAUUAGCCUCACAAAAUAGUCGCUAACUUUUCAAAAGACAUGAAAGAUUGUCAGAGGGAAGAUAUUAUUUGCUUGUUCAUAGAAAUAUAGGUAAUAGACUCAGUACUGACACUUGCCCUACCUGGGAAUCACUUUGAAGUAAAACUAAAAGUUCAUUCUGUGAGGUUCUGAAGUAAAUUGGUUCUUUUCCAUUAAAUGUAGUGGUGUUCUUAUCCAUUUUUGCAGAUGCCUGUAGAUUUCACUGAUUUCAAACUGUGCCCUCAUUCUGACAAAUCCAAUUGCCUUCAGCAAUUGAUCGAAGCAUCUAAAUAUAUUGGGGGUAAAAUUGGUCUAUGCCAGCUGUUUGAAACAGGCUUGUAGCAAAUCAACAAGCCGAUGUACACUGUGCCAGUUUUUAUUUUUCAUUGAUUUGGAAAAUAUUGCCAAGAUUCUUCACAUCAGACCAAGCAAAAAUGACAGCAAGUCUGCAGAAUGUGUCUGCGAAAAGAGCUUAAAAUAUUGUGUGAACUUCAGCAGGACGAAGAUCAUGCAUGUUGAAAAAUUGUGUACGAUUCAUUGAAAGCCUGUUUUAUGCGACUGCCAUAAACAAAUUUCACACCCAUUGUCUAAGAAACAAACGUAGUAUUUUAUGGAACAGCUCUCCACUUUCCCCAAUCCCUUCUUCCCGUCAUUUUGGGAAUAGAUGCCCAUGCACGUCAGUUAAUUUACAGCAAUUAAAAAUGUGAAAUAUUAGCAAACCUGG